CAACCAUCAUGGCUCCAGAGAUGAAUCUGGGCUGAUCUGUCAAACUGCGGUUUAGGAGACGCUCACCAAUCGAACGCAGUGAGAACCUUGAUGACUCUACUACCUGUGGAUGAGGAUGCGGUCUACACUAUCUCUCUGUGGAGGAGAAGGGGAGGGCAGGGGCCUGAGAGCCCGGGUAGGCAGGAUGAAGAGACUGCUGUGCCUUCGACACACCCACCGUGUGGACGUCCUGACGGACAUGGAGCCGGGGCUUUGGCUGAGGCGCUUCCAGCUGCUGGACACAGAGGUCACUGAGGACCCAGUGCAGGAGUGGGGGGAGGAGGUGGAAGAGGGGGCCGUGUUCGGCAUAACGCUAUGUAGGGAGCCUGUGCUCCCCAGCCCCUCCACCCUGGACCCCUCAGAGCCUCUCACUAUGUCCCAGUCGACUCCAUCGGCUUUCAACUUCAUCCAGUACCACACAGUGAAGGUGCGUCGGUUGAAAGCGGGGACCCUGGAGCGCCUGGUAACCCACCUGCUGGACUCRGAACACCAGGAAUCUGACUAUGUCAGAGUGUUUCUGUCCACCUACAGAACCUUCACCACCACCAACACACUCAUAGAACUGCUCUUCCAGAGGGAUGAUAUGAUUGCCAACCUGGACAACACAGUCUGCCCAAGGAGCACCCUGGUGCCCCUGAUCAGAACCUGGCUAGAGGAACACAAGGAGGACUUCAGGGAACCCCCUCGGCACCCCUCCCUGAGGCUGCUCUGUUUCCACCUCCGCCACCGCCUCGCCUUCCGUCGCCUCGCACAAACAGCUGAGACGCUGCUCAAGAAGCUCCAGGAAGAAGCGGGACAAGAGGAGAGCCGCAACGUGGCCGCCAACCUCCGGCGCCACAUCGCAGUUCACUGCUGUCACCAACCGGGUCAUCACCUCCCUGCUGUGCUCCUCGUCAACUUCUUCCGAUCUUGUCUCCUCAUCACCCCGAGUCUGUCUACGGCCCCUAGCUCCCUCCCUCCCCCACACACCCCGACCCUCAGGGCCAGGGAGUGCAGAAUGCUGAAGAACUCCUCCUCUCUGAGAGCCAUCCUGUCAGCCUGCAGUCCAACGUGUGUACUGCCUAGAAGAAAGGCUGGGCUGCCGUCAACAG